CACACCGCAGUUAUAUUAAACGAGGCCGUUAGUAUACAUCCCCUUCCUCGCAAAUCUAAGUCUACGACAGGAGCUAAUAAAUAUUAUCUAGUCCUAAGAGAAGAGAGAGUUGGGUAAAACAAUCGGAAACAAAAUGGCAGGGAGAUUGAGCAAUGUAGCGUCUCGCAUCAUGGGAGGAAACGGCGUCGUUGGACGUUCAGUCGCUUCAUCUCUUCGGCUCCGUUCCGGCGUGGGCCUUCCCGUCGGCAAACACAUCGUACCCGACAAGCCACUUCCCGUAAAUGACGAGCUGGUUUGGGACAACGGGACUCCCUUUCCAGAACCUUGUAUCGAUCGCAUCGCCGAUACAGUCGGCCAGUAUGAAGCUUUGGGUUGGCUGCUUGGAGGAUUGGGGUUUUUUACAUCGUUGGGACUUUUGGCUGUAUGGAACGAUAAAGCCUCUAAAAUUCCUUUUACACCAAAAGUUUAUCCCUACGACAACUUGAGGGUGGAGCUUGGUGGAGAACCAUAGGAAGAUUGGGGUGCAAGUAAAAUCAUAUGGUUAUUGUUGUUUCAGAUGUAUUUCCUCUUUGGAUUAUCUAUUUGCAUUUUGGAAUUCAUAGCAGUUAGAAAUAAUGGGAAGCAUGUGGCAUUGCUGGAAUUAAAUCUUAAAACAAAGAAUGAUUUUUUUUU